AUCUCCAACUUCUUUUCUUCUCCUAAUUUUUAUUCUUCCCUUAGAUUUUUGGACAGAGCUUGCAUUAUUAAAAUUCCUUAUGUAGACAUAACCCCUAAUAAGUCAGUUGUCAACUUGUGGGGAAUUUGCAUAAUAAAGCAAAUGGAAGGGCUCAAAGCACUCAUUCCUAUCAAAGAAAAGAAAAGAGAGCUCAAAGCACGGUCUUAUAAUUAUGGAGUACAAGGAUCUUGCUCCAGGCUAGCUUCAUGGGUAGAUAAAGCGUCCGAUGUCUUAGCUGUCAACCUGUGGAAACUCUGCACAAUCGAGCAAGUAGAAGAGCUCAAAGCACUUGCAAAGGUCUUACGAUUAUGACAUAUAGGGAUCUAGCUGCAGGCUAGUUCCAUGGAAAGAUAUAACCCAUGAUGCUUAACAGUCAAUCCAUGGAGGCUUUGCAUAACAGUGCAAGUAGAAGAGCUCAAAGCGCUUCUAAAGGUCUUACCAUUGUGGAGUACAAGGAUUUUGCUCCAGGUUAGCUCCAUGGACAAACAUAGCCUCCGGUGGCUUAGCUGUCAACCCAUAGAGACUUUGCAUAAUAGAGCAAGUAGAAGAGCUCAAAGCGCUAAUAAAAGUAUUACCAUUAUGGAGGACAGGGAUCAUGUUGUGGGUGAAUGCGAGCGAAACCAAUUUCAUGGUGCUCUAGACUAGUUCCAUGGACCGACACAUUUCCCAAAAAUUUUCUACCCUGGCGUUAUCAUAAUGGUAAUAUGGGUUUUUCUUUAUGAUCGAGUGAUUCUCCCCUUGGCCUCAAAGAUCAAGGGUGAACCACUACAGCUUGAUGUUAAACUAAGGAUGGAAGAAGUGAUGAAGAUCGUGUUUUCGAGAUGAUUCAGAGGCGCUCCUUCGCUUGGAUUCGGGGGUUCGAAGUCAGAAGGUAGUGUGUUUCCCUUUUCACUACUGGUACUCAAUCCCACAUCUUUGCGUCAAGGAAUUAUGAAGAUUAAUGUGUUGCAUGAGUUAAACAUUAUGAUCAGUCCAAACUGAAGUUGUAAUAUUGUGAACAUAAGAGUAUGUUAGCUGUGUGGAUGUAACUUUUAUUUUGGGUGGAGUACCCUUGUAUUUCUAAUCAAUAAUAUUUUUGAUU